AUGUUGCUUCAGUAUGAAGAUCAAGCUGGAUUUGAUACUGCUUAUCGCGUCGACCUCUGUGCUGAGUUUGAAGAUGCAUUCAAGUUUGGCAGUUUUGUGGAGAAACUCACAAGGCUGGCUGGCUAUCAUCAUGUACAGCCUCCCGAUCGCGACUUAUCGCCAAAUACCACUUCUGACUAUGAGAAUGAAGAUGAUAUGAAUGAAUCCGACAUCCGUGAAAACAGCUUGAAUCAACAUCAGAUUUCCGAAUCGAGAUCCGAAAAAGAGAUGGAUCGCCCACUGAUCAAGUUUACGGAAGAAUGUGCUUUACGGUACACAUUCGCUCAAAGCCACUUUGAAGUGUAUCAUCCCGAAACUGGAACGACCUGGCGUUUUCUUCAUGCUGCCAUUCGCCAACGUGGAUAUAAGCUCAACCCGCGAGGUCGAGCCCCAAGAGCUGAUCGCAGUCGAUUCUUUCUUUUCAAUGUCACUCUUCAGGCUAGAAAGACUGCGGUUCGUGCCAGACGUGCUGCUCAAUAUGUGGACGUGGGACCUUGUGAUGUGGAAUUCGAUAGAAAAUUGAUCGAUCGUAUCUACUCACAUCAGCGCGCUUUGUCUUUAAGCACCAAGGAUCGAUUGAAGCCUUAUGCGCCGGAACAAUCAGAGUUUCCGAUGAUGGCUACAGACAGCUCUCCUUCUCAUCUGCAAAAUCCUCUUGUUCCUUAUCUGUCAACAACGAUGCAAGCGAAAUAUCUUCGCCGUCAACAGGCUCCGCUCUUUCACGUUCAGCAUCACCCCGAACUUGCCGACAGAAACGGUGCAAACGUGCUUGGUGGAUCCGACCGACUCUCAGUUCGGCAACGAACAAAAAGUGAGGACGAACGAAAUGCGGCUGACCAUGAAGAGUCUUCAACGCUCACCUCGGGAAACCCGGAUCAU